AUUUCAUUUGUUAAUGAAGGAAAGUGUAGUUCGCUAAUGCUGCCGAACAAAACAUGUUUAAAAGAUUAGAGCUCCUUGUCCUGGAAAAUAACAAGAUAAUGCGUGAAAAUUAUAGAAAGGAGUGGCACUUGUAGAUCAAAUACACAAAGUUUAAGACAGAUCAGUCAACUUACUUUCUUAUUCGCAGCACCCUGUUUGAAUUCACCAAUGGGUACUUUUGUGUGACCUCAAGCGUCCGCGCGUUUUUUAGGCCUGAAAUGCUCAAGUCGUUUUUUAAGAAGUUUAUAUCAGCUGACGAGUCUGCGAAAAAGAGCUUCUCCACUACAAUAGAAAGGAAUGUUAACCCAACAGAUAUAUGGGAAAUUAUUUCGGAGCUUGGAGAUGGGGCAUUCGGCAAGGUGUACAAGACUCAUAAGCGUAAUACUGACUUAUUUGCUGCACUUAAACGGGUUGAUUUUGAAUCUGAGGAUGAACUUGAAGAUUUUAUGUUGGAAAUAGACAUCCUUACUAACUUCAAGCAUAAGAACAUACUUACUUUGCACGAAGUUUACAUAUAUGAAAGCAAAUUGUGGAUUUAUCUGGAACUAUGUGGUGGCGGAGCUUUGGACUCUAUUAUGGAGACUCUUGAAAAGCCUUUGACUGAGCCUCAGAUCAGAUUUGUCUCCAGAGAAGUCCUUCAGGGUCUUGAAUUCCUUCAUGAGAAGCUGAUAAUCCACCGAGACAUGAAAGCUGGAAACAUCCUACUCACUCUUAAUAACGAAGUUAAACUUGCUGAUUUUGGAGUUUCUGCCAAGUUAACGGAUGAAAAGCAAAAGCGAUCGACAUUCAUCGGGACACCUUACUGGAUGGCACCAGAAGUUAUCAAUUGUGAGACUUUUAAAGAUGCUCCUUAUAACUGGAAAGCAGAUAUAUGGUCUUUUGGUGUGUUCCAUUGAUUUAUUUUCAGUAAUUAUUCUUUGUAGAUUAUGUGGUUCUGUUGUUGAUUUUAAUGUACAUAUUGUAUGAUGUUUAAUUUAGAUAUAGUAGGGUUUAUUAUCUAUUUCGGGUUUAUUAACACAAAUGUUCGACUUUCUCUGUUUAAUUCGUGUCGCGUGGCUGAAUUAAAGGAUAUAUAUCACUAUUCUAUUGACUAGUACUAUUUUGCUGGGUCAUGAUUUAUAACUUUAAAUACAACAAACAAUGUCUACACUAUUGUUGUCCUGGUAAUCAUGUGGGGCACAUUCUAUCUCAUAAACGUUCACAUAGUCAAUGAUUUAUUUAGUGAUAACUCACAUUUACUGAUAUCUACAUGUUCCAUGGAUAAAGAUUGUGCAAUUGCCGAAAGUGUCGCACUCCUGUCGCAUUUUUUUCAUGUCAUCAGGUUUACUAAUACCAGUUUGUAUAAAGCGAAACCCUUCGUUGAGUUAGUACUCUUGCUACCAAACACCUUGUGUCAAAUUACUGAAGCAUUUUUCAUAUAUCCUGGGACCACCGAGUAAGUAAAGCAGAUGCUAGGACACAGGUACUAGGUAAGGAUGGCAAAUCAAAUGAUGAAGUAGUGAAACUUCAUGAGUUGAGAUGGCUGGGACAUGUGUUACGUAUGCCCAAACACCGGCUGCCCCGACUUUUGAUGUUUUAUGGUGUAGGAGUAGGUUCUAAGGAAGUUGUUGGCGGCCAGACGAAAACAUGGCACAAGUCCAUUAAGUGACUGACAAGUGGACUGAGUGAUGUUGGUAGGUGUAGACUAUCUGGUUCCAGGGAUCUGCGAGAUGAUAGCAACCGAUGGUUAGAAACCUUGAAUGACAUAGCUCAAAAUUGUUUGCAAUGGUGCAGGUGCAUCCACUUUUCGUGUUCUCUGAAAUUCUAAUCUUCUGAAUUCUUCAUGUCCCUGUUAUUUCCCAAAUUGAUUUUACUGGAUUAUACUCCUUGAGUAACAUCUUAUACUCUUACUACCUCUACUAUGGGAUUUGAAUAGACACUUGUAUCUGUGUGUUAAUGUGGUAUGACAACUCGAACUGGUGUAAUUGUGUACUAAGUUCUAUGUUGUUGACUGGCUGACUGUGUCAAAGUACUGAGUUUUAUUCUAGCUAUAAACGCUCAGAGGACUUCAUAUUAGAUUCCUUACAGAUGUGAGUUAAUUACCUAUAUAUUUAUAAGUCACAAAGGAGCAGUCACUGUGGCUUAUAGUGUCUAUGAAGCUGUAAAUGUUUGUUUCUCAUAUCCUACAUGCAUUUCUAUUCUAAAUACUACUACCUUGGCUCAUUAAUAUAGAAAUAUAUACACUUACUAUUAGACAAUAGGUUUUAAACAACUAAAUUGUAAUUUGUGUUCAAUUGACCUUUCGCACUUUCUUUUGUGAUUUUGUGAAAAAGAAUUAAACCUUAUCGAUUUCAUCAAAAGAAUUAUGGAUGAAAGUCACUUGAUCUGUUGAAUUCAAAGUGCCAUAUUUUAUGUACGGAAGCUACCCAUCGUUCAGUACCUGUUUAACUAAAAUCAUAUGGUGAAGUGAAAAUUCUUUUGUGAGUAUACAUAUAAUUGGCUGAGAUUUCUCACUUGUAUUGGUGUUCCAAUAGUUACCAAGACGUUUAGAUGUUAGACUGAAUGAACGACGUUAAUUAAGCUAAAUUGAACAACGCCAUAUAAAACUUAUCCCCAGUUCAUAUCUCUUCGUAAAUGGUAUAACUCUAAUUGAACUUGCUCAAAAGAGACCACCUCAUAACGCUACCAAUCCAACACGUGUUUUGUUGAGAAUUCUGAAGUCUGACCCACCAACUUUAUCUAGACCACAAUUAUGGUCUUCAAAAUUCAAAGCGUUCUUGGAGCGUACUCUACAAAAAGAUCCAAAUCAAAGACCCGAGUGUAGAGAUCUUCUCUUGGAUCCAUUUGUUUCUGAUGUGACGGAAAAUGAUCGUAAAGUAAUUCAAAUACUAUUAUGUGAAGUCAAUGCAGAUAUUAUUGAAACAGUUGAAGAUUUCGAUCCAAAUGAGCCUAUUGAUGAAAUUGACGAUAAUGAUUUGAAUCCACUUAUACUGUCAGAUUCUACGAAAUUAUCAAUUCCUGUUGAAAUCGUUUGUGAUGGUGAUGAUGAUGAUGAUGUUGAUAAUGAUAAUAAUAAAAAUGAUCCAAUCGAUGAAGAACAUGAUAAUACAAAGAAUAAACAUGAAUCAAAUAAAAAUCUUAAACAAAUAAAUGAUAAUAGUGGUGAUAGUGGUGUUAGUCUUGAACAAACAACUUCUGAUAAUCAUUACGAAUUAACAAAACAAUCUGAUUCAAAUAACAAAAUGAAUGAUUAUAUAAUUGAUGAAAUAGUCGAUCAAUUAAUUACAGAUGUAAUCACUUCUGACACAAAAUCACCUUCAAUUACAUCAUGUGUAUUUGAACUUAUGCAUGAUAUACAUUCAACUGUUGUCAAAUCACCAUAUACUACUUCUAUUACUCCUAAUGCCACGAUCAUCACCACUUCUGUUGUUCCUAAUUCUACUGCUAAAAUGGAACAUGUUGCUAAGGGAAAAGCUAAUAGUAAUGUUAACAAUCGUAUUCGGGAAACAAUUGUUCAUCCUAAGAAACGGUUGACUCCAUCAGAAACUAUUGAACAUAAAUCUCUUGUCGUCAAUGAUGGAUUGAAAGAUCCACUUUCAUCAUUGCCUUCAACAACUGAUUUUCAUGAUAAUAAUAAAUCGAAAAUGACUGUAUCUCCACUUAAACGUCAAAAUAGUGCUUAUCGUACAAGAACACGGACGCGUAGAUUUGUUAUUGAUGGUCAAACGAUUACUACAACAUCGAAACGCAUUGUAAACACUAAUUUAGAAGAUAAAAGGUUCUGUGAAGACGAACAAAUUAAACGUAAAGCUGCUUUACGUGCAUUCAGAAUAUUAGCCAAACAAGAAGCACAUCAAACACGUGAACUGAAUGAACGUGCACAACAACAAAUUGAUAUAUUAGAGAAUAAAAUGAAUGCAGAAUUUUCAGUAGGUCUUCUUUUCGGUUGUUAAGGAUAGAUAUUCAUGCUUUUUUUCCCUCCUCUUUUGUUGUUGUUGUUUCAUAGAGAUCAUUUUAAUAUUUGAAGAUUUUCAUACUCAAUGAGGUUGUAUAAUGCAAAUAUUGACAAAUUUGUGUCUAGUGUAAUUAUUCACGUGCUUAAGAUGAUACACUUCAUGAAUCGAAUUCAGUUCGUAUAAAGUUAAACCAAUGGUUGUUGGGUAUUUGUUUUUUUAUAGGCACUUUAAUUAUUUGAAAUGUGACUAGUUAUAUAGUCCAAGACUGAUAUUUUUUCUUGCUUGGCACAUAUCACCUGCAUGUACUUGGAUCACUAUGUUGAUAUCUAUACUGAAAUUUCAUUCCAGUACCUAUUAUUUCGAAUCCAAACUCAUUAUUUAUUAAACUAAUGAAUUCAAAUAAUCACAAUCUUCUUCAGUGAGUAUGAAGAUGUUAACAGUGGUUUUCAGUUUUCCCUCAUUGCGAAUAUAGUUUGCAUUUGAUCGGUUCUACUGUUAGUCAUAAUUUAGAUAUUAACGAAAUCUUGAAAUUAAAAAAAGGCUUUGUUAGGGCAACUUGCUCAGAAAUUUUUUUAUACUAACAGUGCCUCAUCAAUUGACAUUCUGAAUACGCACUUAUAAACCUCUCUUUGUACUGUUCGAUGUAUCUUUAAUGUAACUAUUUUUCCUUUUCAUUGAAUCUAGAUAUUUACCUUAUAUCCUUUAUAUCAGAUGGGUUUUGUGGAUAUUAUAGUAGUUUCAAUGGUUAAGAUCAUGAUUCAGUUGUAGCUAGACCACCAUGGGAAACCUGGGAGCAUUGGAUGGCCGCUUCGUCCUACUGUGUGACUCCUCAGCAGUGCGCAUCCACGACCUUGCCCCUUGCGACAUUCGAACCCAGGAUCAACUGGUUUCGCGCGCGAGCACUUAACCACUAGACCACUGAGUCGGCAUCCAACGGUGUUAAUGCCUAACUUCAACUAAUCCACGAAAUUGAGCGAAACAUCCACCAUUGUCUUCAGUGAGUUACUAUCUCACAACAGACCUGGUUGAACUCCACUGGUCACUAUUUCUCACUAGAACUCCAGGAUAUACCUCUUGAAGCCAGCCACUAGUGAGCAUAUGUUGAUUGAUACCAUUAGGUCCUGGGUUCGAAUCUCGCAGGGGGCGAGGUCGUUGAUGCGCACUUCUGAGGAGUCCCACAGUAGGACAAAACGGCCGUCCAGUGCUUCCAGGUUUUCCAUGGUUAUCUAGCUUCAACUGACGCAUGAUCUUAACCAUUGAAAUUAUAUCUUUUAUAUUCAACCGAAUAAACUUCUGAACUUAACAUUUCUCGAGUAACCAGGAUAGUUUGUCUGUUUUGUUUUGGUUUUGUAAAACCUUUCGUCCCCUUUUUUUAAAAAAUUUCAAUUGAUCUUCUUAACAUGAAAAAAUUUACUCAUUUUUUUGUCUAAUUAUAUUCUAGUCAGUUACGUAAUUGGUUCGAUUAUAUUGUAAUUUAUAUCACUUGUUACAUCUUUUUGUUGUUGUUCUUGUUGCAAAUGUGAUUGUCUUAUACUAACUUGAUUAGUUGAAUGAAAAACGAACAAAACAAGACAUGAUAUUUUGUCACAAUCUUAAAAAAAAAAGGUCGAGGUCGCGUUGCACUCGAUCCAUGAUGCAUAGGCUCUUACCCUUUCAUAAACUAACUUAUCCAAUUUUCCUUUACCCAUUUUUUUUGUUUCUUUCCUAAUUCAGUUUAUUGUGUGCAUGACCCUAUUAAUUAUGUAACUAACUGAGUUGUGAUCAUUGUUGCAACAUAUUACAUAGACUGGAAACAGCUUAAAAUGGAUAAGAAAUGUAUGAUAUAGAUUAGUUAAUGAGGUUGAAAUGAAUACUUGAAACAGAAGUGAAAAUUAUAUUUAAGAAAAAAAAUGGAAUAGGAUAGAAACUCGUCAAAGAUUAACGUGGUAUUUACGUUUUGAAAGAGAAAACAGUGAAAUUAUAGUCAUGAGUCAAUUGAAGCUAGACCACCAUGGAAACCUGGAAGCACUGUAAGGCCAUUUCGUCCUAGCAUGGGACUCUUCAGCAGUGCGCAUCCACGAUCUCGCCUCGCGAGAUCCGAACCUAGGACUUAUGAGUUUUGAGCGUGAGCGCCUAACCACUAUGUCACUAAUCUGGUAUCCAACGUUGUUAAUGUCUAACUUCAACUAAUCCAUGAAAUUAAGCGACAUAUCCACCAUUGUCUUCAGUGAGUUACUAUCUCACAACAGACUUGGUUGAACUCCACUGGUCACUAGAAAAUUAUAAUUGCCAUUGAUCAUUAUAAAAUAAAAGAUUACAUCAUUGUAAUGGCCAAUAUUUUUAUAGUUAACUUAGGAAAAGCAGAAUGAAAACAUGAAACACAGAAUAAAAAUAUAUUUCUCCAAGUAUGUUGAUGAUAUCUUUAUUAUUUGUGAUAAUAUGCAUCAUACUUCUUAUAUCCUCUAUUGCUUCAACCGUUGCUAAUACCUCGACAUGGUGGUCGGGCUUGCCUAUCGUCGUGAACCACCAUCCAUGCACGACCUCACACUGUAGUCCGUCGCAUAAGUUCCGGAUAAUGUCGACAAUCUUCUCAGGAACUCUGUAGUGUCGACGACGUUUCCAUAACGGCCUCCUAUCUACAUUGUCAAAUGCCUUUUCAUAAUCAAUGAAGUUGACGUACAGUGACCAGUUCCACUCAGUUGAUUGUUCGACGAUGAUUCGUAGUGUCGCAAUUUGGUCAGUGAACGACCGAUCCUUACGGAAUCCAGCUUGUUGCUCUCGAAAUUGGGCGUCUACUGCAUCUUUCAUCCGGUUCAGCAACACUCUGUUGAAGACUUUCCCUGGUAUUGACAGUAGUGUAAUGCCUCUGUAGUUUUCACAUUUGCUCAGGCCUCCUUUUUUUGGAAUCUUGACGAGGUACCCUUCUUUCCAGUCCAUCGGCACUUGUUCCUCCUCCCAAAUAUUUUUGAAUAGAAGGUGAAGCAUGUUUGUAGUUGCUUCGAUGUCUGACUUCAGUGCUUCAGCUGGUAUAUUGUCGGGUCCUGCUGCUUUCCCGUUCUUGAUUUGUCUGACGGCCAUUCUAAUUUCUUCCGUCGUUGGUGGGUUGACAUCUAUAGGAAGAUCUAUGUGUGCUGCUUCGAUGUUCGGUGGAUUCAUUGGAGCCGGCCUAUUCAGGAGUUCCUCGAAGUAUUCUACCCAUCUGUUACGCUGUUGUUGAAUUUCGGUGAUUGGCUUGCCUUCUUUGUCUUUGACCGAUCUCUCUGAUUUACUAUAUUUCCCUGCUAGUUUCUUCAUUGUAUCGUAAAGCAGCUGUUUCAUAUUUCCUUCUCUUGCAGCAUUUUCCGUCGUCGUUGGUAGUUCUUGCACGUAUUUCUUUCAAUCGGCUCUAAUGCUCCUCUUCACUUGUUUGUUUGCUUCUAUGUAUUCAGCUUGUGCUUGGACUUUCUCUGCUCGUGUUUGGCUGUUGUUAACUGCUGCCUUCUUGUUCUUCCUUUCUUUGAUCUUGUCCAGUGUUUCUGUAGAGAUCCAUUCCUUAUGAUGGUAUUUCUUUAGACCGAGAACCUCUUGACACGUUGAAGUUAAUGCUUCCUUGAUGUCUUUCCAGUUGUCCUCCAUAGUAGUUUCUUCUUUCAGUAGAUCUUGUAAGGCUUGGAACCUGUUGUUGAGAGCUAUCUUGAAUUCAUUGAGUUUGCCAGUAUCUCGAAGGAAGGCUGUAUUGAACCUUUGUAGUGCUGUUUGUCCACUUGUCCAGUUCUUUUUUAGCUUCAGUUUUAAAUUGGC